AUGUCGUUCGCUCAAAGAGAUAGAGAGCCGUUAAGGGAUUAUCUCACCCGCUUUAACAACGAGUCAAUCACUAUUCCCAAUUUGCAGCAGGAGGUUGCUGUUCUGGCUCUGAUGAGGGGAAUGCAAGAGUGCGAAUUCAAGAAAUAUCUCAGCCGGAAGUCAUACACCAAUCUGGGUGACGUCCUGCACAAGGCCAACGAGUACAUCAGGGCGGAUGAAAUGAUGAAGAUCUCCAAUGUGGUAGUGGCAACCGGCGGAAAUGUCGGGUACAAUCCAGGCUAUAACCCACAGACGGGAAAAGGAGGAAACAAUUUUCAUCAGAGCAAUAAUCAGCAAGGGGCAGGCCAGAGAAACCAGAAUAACAGAAAUGCCAAUCCACAAGGACAGAGAAGCCGGCAAGACAGAAGGGAGUCCAGAGGACUCUUUGAUAACUACACUCCGCUGAACACACCGCGGACGGCAAUUUAUAACAUAAACAACAAGAUGGACGGCUGGAGAAGGCCGCCACCAAUGCAGAGCAGGGAAAGGAAUGUCAAGAAAUUCUGUGACUUCCAUAAUGAGCACGGCCACCUAACAGAGGACUGCAGAGACCUCAAAGACAACAUUGAGGAUAUGGUCAGAAAGGGGUAUUUCUCACAGUAUAGGGCGAGGCAAGGAAAUGGUAACAACAACUCGGUGGGGGGAAACCCUACCAAUUCAUACCGGCCACAACAGCAAAAUCAACAACAAUACCCUAGAAUCGAGCAGCCAUAUCAGCCGCCUAGAAUCGAGCAAAAACAGCCGGAAACCAGUGCCAGAGCAGAACAGAGGGAUGGCGUGAAAAAACCACCCGUGUAUGUAAUUUCUGGCGGCCCAGUCCACGGAGGGACAAUAAGCGGCGCCAGUAGAAGCUUGGAGGAACACAGGCACAUGGUAAACUUUCACAACACAAGAGUGUGGCCUAACCCACCCAGCAUACCAGUGAUGACGUUCUCGGAAUCGGAUUGCAGAGGCAUCAUUUUCCCGCAUGAUGACCCACUAGUUCUUACAAUUGAUAUAGCAAAUGCCGAUGUGAACAGAGUACUGGUAGACGGCGGCAGCUCAGCAAACAUCAUCUUCUGGGAAGCCUUCAAACAAUUGCACAUACCAGAGGACGAGCUUCAAAGGGUGAACUACCCAGUAAUCGGUUUCUCAGGAUCUACAGUGUACCCAGAGGGUAGUAUAAGGCUGCCGGUGAAAAUCGGAGAAGGAUCUGAAAUGCGAGAUCUCAUGGUGGAUUUCCUAAUCAUUAAAGUACCAGCGGCCUACAAUGUGAUCAUCGGUCGCCCAUUCAUACAUGACGUGCAGGCGGUAGUCUCCACCUAUCACUUGACAAUGAUAUAUAUGUCGAACCUGGAAAGGCCGGCAAAGAUAAGGGGAAGUCAGUUGGCGGCAAAGUCCUGUUACUUGACUGCUUUGAGAACACCGGGAAGAAUGGUCCCAGAAGUGAACUUGACUACUGAGCCGGCAAGGCAAGAGGUACACUUGACUACUAAGCCGGCAAGACAGGAACAACUGUCAAAAAGGAAGAGCUGCACAAAAAGGGGUCGAACCGACCUGAACAUGGAACACUUUGAUGAGAGGCCGGUAUCAGCACCAAGACCAAUGCCAGAUGGUCUGACAGAAAAUAUCGAGCUGGAGGUUGGAAACAUGGAUAGAACAGUCGUGAUCGGUACAGAAAUGGGGAGUGACAUGAAGGUUAACCUCAUAAGCUUGCUGAGAGAGCACGCGGACAUCUUCGCAUUCUCGGCGGAUGAGAUGCCUGGUAUCGAUCCAGAGAUAAUGGUUCACCGAUUAAACGCCGACAGAAAUGUUAGGCCUGUACGGCAGAAAAAACGUAAUUUCUCCACGGAAAAAAUGACAGCAAUACAAGAAGAGGUGGAUAAACUGCUGGCGGCAGGUUUCAUUGAGCCAUGUGACUACCCUGAAUGGUUGGCAAACGUAGUAAUGGUAAAAAAGUCAAGUGGGUCAUGGAGAAUGUGCGUAGAUUUCACUAACCUUAACAGAGCAUGUCCGAAAGAUUUCUACCCACUACCACGGAUUGAUAGGCUGGUAGACUCCACUAGCGGCCAUGCAAUGCUUAGUUUCCUAGAUGCUUUCUCAGGGUAUCAUCAGGUCAGCCUGCAUAAAUCAGACAGGAAGAAGGCGGCCUUUAUCACGGAUGCAGGAGUUUUCUGUUAUAAGGCGAUGCCAUUCGGGUUGAAGAAUGCAGGGGCAACGUAUCAAAGGCUGGUCGACAAGGUGUUUUCCGACCAAAAAGGCAGAACGUGGAGGUCUAUGUAG